AGUACAGCACAGGACUUUGCCUGUUAUAGCUUCAGGAACAACUAACAACUGCAUUGCAGCUGCCUAAUGGUUUUGAAUUUGAUGAGGUGUAUUAAUGAAACAACAUAUUUUGACUCCGUUUCUUAUUGGUUUGGUGGGUAGAAGGAGACAGUCUGUGGCGUUUGCUAAAAUAGCUCCCAGUCAGCUCCUAUCGUUUACGACAGAACUGGCAUUGGAUCGUUUACACGAAUGCUCAUUUAACUGAUUGUACUAUUCAUUAUCUACCACGGUGUCUCCUCGUCUUACAGUAGGGAGCCUCACACAACAUGUCCUCUCCAGAGAUCGCCUCUCUCUCCUGGGGCCACAUGAAGGUGAAGGGAUGCCCCUCCAGCUACAAGGACUGUAAGGUCUGGCCUGGAGGUAGCCGGGCCUGGGACUGGAGAGAGACUGGGACUGACCAUUUCCCGGGAGUACAACCUGCUGAUCUGGAGGAGGUGCUGAAGAAGGGAAUAGACUUGCUGGUCAUCGGCAGAGGCAUGAGUGAAGCUCUGCAGGUUCCCUCCUCCACGUUGGACUUUGUGAUGCAGAAAGGUGUCGACGUCAGAGUCUUGCAGACAGAGAAGGCUGUUGCUGAAUACAACAGACUGGCUGGCCAGGGCGCCAAAGUGGGGGGGGUCUUCCACUCCACCUGUUGAUGGCCUUGCUGCACCAACGGAGAUGCUCUUCACAGGAUGGAGGACAGCCUGUAGUGCACCAUCCCC